AUGAAAUUGCAAGUUAACCGACAUUUUCUUUACUGCGCAGGCAUGAAGAUACCAGCAGUGGCUGCCCUUGCUUUUGUUGUUCUCACUGGAGUCUCACUAGCAAGUCCUGGUUACUGGGCACAUGAUUGUGAUGGGAACUACACAGUGCCCAGAAGCUACCAGAAGAGCUUGGAGCAGCUGUCUGCAGGGCUGCCCGAUGCGGUGUCCUCCUCCCCAGAUCUAUUUGACAAAAAGGUUCUCGGAUCCUGGGGGGGCAGGGUAUAUGGCCUGGGGCGUUGUCGUCCUGGUACAGAUGCAUCUACAUGCAAGGCAUGUCUCAAUGAAGCCUUCCAGGAUGCACGGGUCGUAUGCCCAUCGAGGAAGAGGGUGUACAUGUUCUACGAACUUUGUACCCUAGCUUUCAGCGACCAGGACAUUCUAUCUCACUCGACCUGGAACAAAGGUGUCAGUAAGGUCAAUGGUUCUCAGGUGCCUGCCCAGUGCAGCAAUGUAUUCAACAAGGCUGUCAAUGGAUUGAUCAUAUAUUUGGCGAAGAUGGCAGCUGAUUCCCCUCACAGGUUUGCCACGGGGCAAAAAAAGUUAACUGGAGAUGCUUGCACAUACAGCCUAUAUGGCCUUGCAGAGUGUUUGCCAAACAUGUCAGCUGCCAACUGUACUGACUGUUUAGAGAACUUGGCGGAUGUACCUCUUCUUCUUGGGUAUGAGAGCGAGUGGAGAUCUGCAGUGAUGUGCAGCUACAGGUUGGAGCCACGCCCCUUCUUUGACAUUGGCAAGGGCGGGUUAGCCACCCCCGCAGGAAAAAACGGGAAGAAGCAGGUUUGA